CGUGUUGUCUCGAAAAAAUACGGAGUUCAGUAUUGAAUUUGGUAAAUAAGUCGUCGAAGAAAGCUAAAGCAACUCGAAACAAGGAAGUUAGUUGGUAAAUUGUUGUUACAAUUAUGAUGAACGUCGAAAAAGUAGGCAACUUUCUUUCCCCUAGCAAUGAAGUAGAAGUGGAUGCCUGCGAGGUGCUGGGCUGCCGAAAUAAAGCAGCACACCAGGCGGAAGUGAGCCAUCUUAGGAUCAUCGUUGACCGCGCCGUGCCAACCGACACAAAAACGAUUCCGUUUCCGGUUUCAUCCCCGUGGUGUGCGAGCGCGAUUGUUUAAACAUUCAGUAUUCUCCCCAGGAUUUCGAUCUCCGCGCACCGCUGCUCCUUCUUUUUUCUCUUUCACGACCUCUGUCUACUAUGCGCAUGCCGCUGCUGCUACUUCUUCUGCUCUUCCGGUUGGGCCUUCUGAGUCUGUUACCCCGAGGACGAAUCAAAACCUACCGCCAUCCACCGGGCGCAUCGUCAGCCUUUGACGUGUUUUUCGGCUUCGCAUAAAAUUAACUUUUGCAUUAUGUACGAAACUACAAUUUCUACACGACCUGGUGUGGUAGACCAGUGCAGCAGAUACAGAUUCAGCAAGCGCAUGAUGUAUGAAGAUGCUGGGAAAGGUUUUGCAAGGCAUAGUUCGGGGAGGCAGUGAGGGUGAAGACUGAAGAAACACAAGCUCCGACUGAGUCCGGAGAUCGGUCACGCCCAGGAGGUGUACUGCGAGUGAUGUCCUCUGCUCAACAAGAUGUUGCUGCCGCCGCAUUAGUGAACUCCGUUGACACUACUUAUGGUCUGAUGCGAAUUAUGAAGCUGCCACAUCAACAGAAUUUUGACGAUGUCGAUGUAGAAAAGGCAGGCACGCGAUUGAAAUUGGCGGACGUGGAUGAGCUAGAAAACCCAGCAGCAGGCGACGGGAGGCGCAGUGCGUCUUUGCGUCGUGCAGUCAACGACCUCAAUAUCAUGGAGGAGCACGAGCAGGACGGGUCACGCCAGCAUCUGCAUCAACCUGCUGAGUUUUCUGGACCCGCACCCGAAGUACGACAAGGGGCACCAGCACCACGACCUUCUCGGAACAGUUUUGCAGGUGCGUCUUCUCUCGUUAGCUCGAAACCCACUGCUGGGCCUCGUCCUGCCGUCGCAGCAACUUCCAGUGGUCAAAAUGUUCUGAAGUCUACUGAGCCCCGUGGCGGCUCUGCUGGUGUUGAGAUAAUCUUCCGAAGAAGAGACAAAAGCAUCGAGGAAACGCUGGAUCGCCUCGUGCGGAGACGGCAGAUUGCACUCGACGUGCAGCAGCAGCAACAAGAGGACAACAAAGUCAAAUACCUUGAUCGACGAGCACGAGAUGUUGGUGAAGCUGAUGGAGGAGAGCGACCUGACGCUGCGGUCAAGCACUCUGGCGGCGGAAAUGAUCCCAGUCACCAAGCAGAGCAAGAAGAUCGUAUCCUGUGUAAAAACGCACUUUUUUAGUCACGCUCAGGUAGAAGUAGAGUAGAAGUAGGAGUUGUGUUGCGAAGCUGCAUGUAGUCCUGAAGCGUAAACGUACCAGAGACGCUUGCGUAAGUACGUUUUUACAGAGGAUAGAUCGUAUCAAAUUCGCCGCAGGAGGAGAAGGCAAAAAAGCUGCAGAGAGGAACACGCAGGUGCUUUUACUAGCACAUGAUGAUCAAGAUGUUGCUGUUGGUCAAGAUUUGGGCGGGAAAAACUUUGAGGUAUCGUUAGAAGGUAGUUGUACAACUACUUCAUGAUAAUACGUAUCAGUGCUUUUUUUAAGUCAUUAUCACUGUGUGUUUAUGGAAGUCACCAGAAGGCUCAGUGGAAAUACGAGUUCGACUUGUUUGUCUUUUCCGUCCUAAGCUCGGUGGAGUUCUCGUUUCCGGUGCGCUUUACUGCAUUCGCAAGAAGCAAGCCGCUGGGCCUUUCAAGCUUGGGGUCUUGUUUUCCUGUUCGACAUCCACGGAACCCAAGAGGCGGCGGGUUCUGUGGCUGGUUCGUCGGGGGUUAAGGAUGCUCUCCAGCUCUUAGGACUGCAUCUUUUGAACACUGAGCGUGAGGGUGGUAGCGCGAGGUGGACCUCAUUUGAGCUUCCCUUCACUGCUAAAACGGGUGGUGUUGCGUCGCUCGAAUUGCCUGGCUCUCAAUGCAAUCCAGCGCAGACAAUUAACAUUCAGGAAACCAACGACAGGACGAGGGCAGCUCUUCAAGCUCGCCUGACAAAGAAAUAGUUUUUUGUCUAAGAAGCUUGCACUACAUUGUCUUUUCCGUCCGAUUUGUUUGUCAGGACGAGGGCAGGUCCAGGUGGGUCGAAGAUGAGUAACUUAGGAGAUAUGAUUCCGUACACGUACAGGUUCAGAACCGCCGAGGACAGAGUUUCGACUCCAGCCUGCAACCGAGUAAGAACCAAACAACAAGCCCGACGAGUCACAAGUCUCUGCGGCGCGACGGUUCUCCCGCUUUUCUUGACCAGGAGAUAGAGUCCCACCAGUCGGCCCUCCUCCAGGGAACGGCCUCCCGGAGCGCUGCUGCGACACGCACCAGUUCGACUUUGGUGUGGCUCCUGUUUGUGUGCGGCCUCGUUGUGUCAAUGAUUCUCGUUCUGCGCGUGCAGAACAAGAACUUCAAUCCGACCGCCCUGCUUCUCAACACGACCCCGAGGUGGCCGACUAACUUGCUUCCUUCGUGGCCGCUUUUAAGAGGCACCUGGAAGAUGACAACCGAGGCCAACGGGACGGGGUUCUUCGUUGCGUCUUUUCGGGAAAAAGGUGGUCAAAGCCCAUACACGAUCCAUCGGAACAAACAGCCCGACGGUGCGCAGCAACCCGUUGCAACACAGAGAAGAGAGGAAGAUGAAGAUGCACUCCUUCGCACACGAGCGUCCGUGUCAGGAAGAAGGAGAAGUAGGUUGGCGAACAGCACGUCAAAGUCGAGGAAGAUGCGGCGGCAAAACAAAGCCGCGCCCCUGGUACCGGAGCGGGUUUCUCGCGCAACAGGCGCCGAGAAGCAAGGCGUUGCGGCUGGAAGCCGUGCCAAUAUUACGCCCUCUUGUAGUCUUCUUUGUGCGACGAAGGAGUAUGAACAUGGCGACUACGAUGGUUUGCGUUCAUUGCGCUUGCUUUCCUCGCCUGCGUUGCAAGUAGGCGGCCGCCGGCAGGUAUGCAGGUUGCAAGGCGAGAUCGUGGCGUUGCCGGAGACCGGGAUUUCUAUUGCAGAGCAUUCGACUUCUGGCGACCUCUUUGGCAAAACGCGGGCUGCCCCAUUUUUCGAUGAAGACGCUGCCCAGCAGGCCAUUUGCAGCCCGUUUACAGAGACCGCCUGCCUUUUUUGGGAGGCAAGCAUCAUACAGGAGGGCGGGGCCGGAGGCUUCGAGGUUGGGUCACGGAGCCUUUGCCAGCGCCACGCCUGCGUCUCUGGAGGAUUCGGGAUUCGGCUGGCGAACAGCGAGAAAGUUGUGCUCGUCAGCGAAACCGACGCCGUCUGCCUCAUGGUGGAACAGAUGAGGUUUUCGGAGAGGAUUCCCCCUCAUUCGUCGCAUUCACGUGGUCCCGGCGCCAUGGCUGCUCGUUCGGCGCCCCUCGUGGCGCCGAGAACAAAAGCAGCACACGGUCGGGUUUUACCUACGGAGCAGACCGCGCCAGAACAACAUGCCUAUGGUGCGACGAGCCUGGUCCUUCGGCCGGCUUUUCGGCCGGCGGUCCGCGAGGUGUUGGACCUAGAUGCUGUCCGUUGGAAGCGGGAGCGGGAGGAACUGCGGGGACCUCAUGAUGUUGACAAGACACGAACGCCCUUCUCUACUACGACUACUGUUCCUUCAAACUGCAUUUCAACAACGUCUCGGGAAGUGCUCGAAGCCAGGGCCCGGGGGUUUUUCCAAUUCGCCGAUGCUCCUUUCCGCUCACAACCGCGCGGAAGGAACCUUUGCCGGUACUAUGACGAUGGGGUCCAUGAAGAAAUCGACCUUUACGAAGAUGAUCGCGAAUGCGAGUCGGAACAGCGUGCCGCUUCACUGCCACGGGUCGAGACCGGCUUCCAAGACUGCAACGCCGCACAAUUUUAUGCGCAGGGACAUCAACUACUGACAGAGACAGAACGGGCGCGGGGCGAGCAGCUCUUCGGUCAAGAGUUCCAAAAUGGCGCAACUCUGCUUUUGAAAGAACAGUGUCUUUGCGCAGGGAUGACUGUAACGGCGGUGGGAGAGGUGCGAACUCUUAAUAACGGACAGCUCGGGCUGUUUGGAGUCCGUCCCGAGGACAUCAGUUCUCUUCGCGGACCAUACAGAGACGAAUGCAACACUUCGGCGGACGUCCAUGAUACUGCAAAUCAUCCGACUACAUCAACAACAACCAGAACAUCAUCUGCAGCGGACCUGACAUCCUGGGAGCGCGACCUGCUACUCCGCAACUGCUGUGUGCGGAAGGACGCGGCCGGGUUGCUCAAGAACUACGGGGAAGAAAGGCAGCGACGCCGCAUUCUCCUUUCGGAUCGGCAGGAUUUCCACAGCGAUGUUGAACAUGCUAGACGAGUCAAUACAACGAGCGGACUGUCAGUGUCCUCGCGUGUCGCUUCGUCGCGCAACAACGAGCAAAAAAGAGGUGGGCCGCAAAAAAACACCACCAAAAGCGGAGCGGAUCGACUCGAGCAGUUGUCGCAACCGUCGCGAACCAUUUCGACCAACACCACAGCCAAGGGUGGACAGGUAGAAGCGCCGGCUGGUGGGGGUGGAGAGAAGCCGGUCCCGGGCGUCCACAUCCAGCAGACGAAUCCGACACUCGGUCGCCAAUUUUUUCUCUGA